AAUUCAGCCUGGGGACAGCCAGCCGGACAAUCACCAGAAGGGGAAGCCGCGUGUGGAGGUGGAGGAAGGGAGGGACAAAGGGAGGCAACUUCAGUGCAGGUGACACCAAGUUCGGCUUGCGCGGGUCGGAUUCAGUUUUCCUUCAGACCUCCGAGCCGGGAGGCUGUGGGGAGGGAGGUUAAUACAAGCAGCAGCAGAAGGAAAUCGCCGGAGCGGCCGCGCAGCUCGGAGCGAGAGGGAGCCGGCGACGACCCUCGUGGACGAAAGUGCAGAGGGGGAAGCAAAAUGCACCUGAAGGACAAAGUGGCUCUGGUCACCGGGGCAGCUCAGGGCAUAGGCAAAGCCUUCGUCGAAGCACUGCUGGAAAAGGGCUGCAAGGUGGCACUUGUGGAUCUGAAUACAGAUGCAGGCAAAGCCAGCAAGGAUGCCUUUGAUAAGCAGUACAGCCCACAGAGAACUGUUUUCAUUCCUUGUGAUGUUUCAAAUGAAGAAAAACUUAAAGAUGCAUUUAAGAAAACAAUUCAACAUUUUGGACAUCUGGAUAUUUUAGUCAAUAAUGCUGGAGUAAAUGAUGAAAUGAACUGGGAAAACACAGUUCAAAUCAACUUGAUUUCAGUGAUUAGAGGAACAUAUAUUGGACUAGAGUACAUGAAAACUGAAAAUGGUGGAAAUGGAGGGGUUAUUAUUAAUACAGCAUCAUUAGCAGGACUGUGGCCAGUUGCAUACCAACCAGUAUAUUCUGCUUCAAAGCAUGGAGUAAUUGGAUUUACACGUUCAGUGGCUCUGGCUGCUAGAGCAAAAAAUUAUGGUGUACGAAUAAAUGCGAUCUGUCCUGGUUUUGUCAAUACACCAAUUCUUCAUACCGCUUUCCAGGAAGAACAUAUGGGUUUAUAUUAUUCAUUCAAAGAAGAAAUAAAACAUAAGAUGGAAUUCUAUGGCAUUUUGGACCCAUCACUAAUUGCUGAAGGACUGAUAAAAAUCCUUGAAGAUGAUUCAUUAAAUGGAGAAAUUAUGAAGAUUACAAAACAAGGAAUUAAUUUUCAUGAAUAUUGUCCAACGCCAUAAAAAUAAGCCUUACUAUUUUUUCUGGAAUAGUUCAUAAUAUUUCCUUCCCUAAACUCAACAAUACUAAAUCGUUAGAAGAAAAUCUUGGUAAUGUUAACAUUUCAUUUCAACAUGAAAACUUUUGCCAAUAUGUGAAGGAUUUUUGAUAUUAGAAAUUACUUAUAUUUUCAUCCAUUAAUGUUUCAAAUGCUGUAAAAAUAUACUAUGUAAUUUUAAUUGUGAAAAGUACAGUUAUAAAUAUGUUUAGCAACUGAUGGCUUAGUCAAUUUAGAGGUUUUAUAGAUUUAAGAUAAAAACAAUAAUAUUAAACACUCUGUUAUUCAUAAAUUAAUCCAAGCAGCAUGACAGAAUUUCAGGAUCUGAUUUACAUAGUACAGGAUUGUAUAUUUAAGAUUUCAUUCAAAUUAAAUAAUUUUAUCUUUGUAAUGCA